CUGAAGGGAGGGGUUGGUCAACUUUAGCGGAGGAGAGUGAGUCAGUAUGCUACAGUUUAUAUUGUGGGUAAAAACUUGAAAAACGCAGGAGUUUGACCAGAGUCUGCAUUGGUCAAUAAUUAUGGAAAUCCCAGCCAUUAAUCUCAAGGCCAUCGUACUGGUGCACUGGUUGCUUACAGUCUGGGGAUGCAUGGCAUGGCUACCACCAUCAUAUGCUUGGGGAAACUUUACCAUGCUGGCUAUUGGUGUAUGGGCGAUUGCUCAUAGAGACUCCAUUGAUGCUGUGCUAAUGUUCCUUCUGGGAAUGGUUUUGACCAUUCUGACAGACAUUAUCCACUUUGGAAUCUUUUACCCGGUGUCCGAGGGCCUGGCGGAGAGGAACAGGGACACCUUCCGUUUCAGCGUGGGCAUGGCCAUCCUCAGCCUGCUCCUCAAGCCCGUCUCCUGCUUCUUUGUCUACCAAAUGUACCGGGAAAGGGGAGGCGACUACAACGUCAACUUUGGGUUCCCCACAGUCACGCGCAACCGAGAUGCCUAUCAGUCCAUCGACCAGCAGGACCAGUCGUCCAGUGCUCCAGCAAACCCCUUCAACCAGGCUGAGGGCAGCAAGCAAGCGCGGUCCUACUGACAGCCUGAAAAGGCCAACGAGCCAAACUCCAAACCAUGAUGUUUUUUUUUUUUUUUUUUACUCUGAUGAAUGAGCAACUUGUGAAUUGUUCAUAAUGAUACAUGUGAUAUGUGGUGCAGGCGUUACUAUCAGCACUUAAAGGAAAAUGUUUAUUACAAUGAUAAUCUGGGCAAAUAGCUUUAGUGCUUUCCAACUCGUUGGUUUUCCACUGUGGUAUUAUGCAGAGAAAAUGUAAUUCAAUGUCAGCGUGUAGGUCAAACACUGGAUUUUUUUUUUUUUGUAUUUUCUGAACUUGCUCACAAAUGGUCAGAUAAGCAUGUGUAUAUCUACACAGAAAAGUUGCAUCAUAGCUACACAGUAUUAAGGUUCAGCAUUAUAACUCUUCCCUGUUGAAGUAGAAGGAGUAUGUGGUAAGAAUGUCUA